CCCGGGGAGGAGGAGGAAGACGUGGCUGAGGAGUUUGACAGCAACGCCUCGGCCAGCUCGUCCAGCAAUGAGGGUGACAGCGACCGGGAAGAGAAGAAAAGGAAACAGCUCAAAAGGGCCAAGACAGCCAAGGAUCGCAAGAGCCGCAAGAAGACUGCGGAGGCAAAGAAGGGCAAAGACCCCAACGCUCCCAAGAGGCCAAUGUCUGCAUACAUGCUGUGGCUCAACGCCAGCCGGGAGAAGAUCAAGUCAGACCACCCCGGCAUCAGCAUCACGGACCUCUCCAAGAAGGCUGGCGAGAUCUGGAAGGGGAUGUCCAAGGAGAAGAAGGAGGAGUGGGACCGCAAGGCUGAGGACGCCAGGAGGGAGUACGAGAAAGCCAUGAAAGAGUAUGAAGGAGGCCGCGGCGAGUCUUCCAAGAGGUGAGUGGCCGUGGUGAACU